AUGAAACUUCAUUUAGAAAAACAAAAAGCUAUAGAAGAGAGAAAUGAACUUAACGCACAACUUACAGCAAACCAGGAUGUUAGGAAGCAGGACGACUAUAAAAAUUUAGUUGCCAGCGUAGAAGAAAAUAAAAUGCUAACAGAAUUGGUAAAACAAGAAAACGAAUCUGCAAUAAAAUAUCUGAAUGAAGUAGAACGUACAGAACAGCAAAGAGAUGUUCGUAAUUCAGAUAACUAUAAAAUGUUAACACUUCAACAUAAAUAUAAUGAAAUAAUGGCUGAAGAAAUAAAGAAACGUACAGAUGCAGAAGCAUCUGCAGCAACAGCAGCACAGGAGUUAAUAGCGACAAGACAAGCAAGAGCAAAACCAUAUAUAAACAAUCUAACAGCUAAGAACAUAGAUUUAAUGACUAAAACAAAGGCACUCAAGAUAAUGACGGACCUUGCUGAAGAAAAUAA